AUGAUAUCAACUUUCUCUCAGUUUCGCUCUCGGUAUGAUGUCUUUUUCGCAGAGUCUAAAGAUAUUUUCUUUGUUUUUGUGAUAUGGAAUAACGUUUCCUUUUUCUUCUUCCUUUUCUUCUUCUUCUUCUUCUUCUUCUUCUUCUUCUUCUUCUUCUUUUUUCUUCUUCCUUUCGUCUUCCUUUUCGUUGUAUUUUUCAUCUUUUUCUUCUACCUUUUCUUCUUCCUUUUUUCUUCCUUUUCUUCUUCAUCGUCUUCUUUCUUUUCUUUUUUCUUCUUCCUUUCGUCUUCCUUUUCUUUGUACUUUUCAUCUUUUUCUUCUUACUUUUCUUCUUCCUUUUCUUCUUCUUUCACUUUUUUUUUUUCUUCUUCCUUUCGUCUUCCUUUUCUUUGUACUUUUCAUCUUUUUCUUCUUCUUUUUCUUCUUCCUUUUCUUCUUCUUUCUUUUCUUUUUUCUUCUUCCUUUCGUCUUCCUUUUCUUUGUACUUUUCAUCUUUUUCUUCUUACUUUUCUUCUUCCUUUUCUUCUUCUUCUUCCUUUUCUUUUUUCUUCUUCCUUUCGUCUUCCUUUUCUUUGUACUUUUCAUCUUUUUCUUCUUCUUUUUCUUUUUCAUCGUCUUCUUUCUUUUCUUUUUUCUUCUUCCUUGCGUCUUCCUUUUCUUUGUACUUUUCGUCUUUUUCUUCUUACUUUUCUUCUUCCUUUUCUUCUUCUUUCUUUUCUUUUUUCUUCUUCCUUUCGUCUUCUUUUUCUUUGUACUUUUCAUCUUUUCUUCUUUUUUUCUUUUUCUUUUUUUUCCUUCUUCUUCUUCUUCUUUUUCUUUUCUUUUUCCUUUCGUCUUCCUUUUCUUUGUACUUUUCAUCUUUUUUUCUUCUUACUUUUCUUCUUCCUUUUUCUUCUUCUUCCUUUUCUUUUUCUUCUUCCUUUCGUCUUCCUUUUCUUUGUACUUUUCAUCUUUUUUUCUUCUUUUUUUUUUUUCAUCGUCUUCUUUUUUUCUUUUUUUCUUCUUCCUUGCGUCUUCCUUUUUCUUUUGUACUUUUCGUCUUUUUCUUCUUACUUUUCUUCUUCCUUUUCUUCUUCUUUCUUUUCUUUUUUCUUCUUCCUUUCGUCUUCUUUUUCUUUGUACUUUUCAUCUUUUUCUUCUUACUUUUCUUCUUCCUUUUUUCUUCCUUUUCUUCUUCAUCUUCUUUCUUUUCUUUUUUCUUCUUCCUUUCGUCUUCCUUUUCUUUGUACUUUUCAUCUUUUUCUUCUUACUUUUCUUCUUCCUUUUCUUCUUCUUCUUCCUUUUCUUUUUUCUUCUUCCUUUCGUCUUCCUUUUCUUUGUACUUUUCAUCUUUUUCUUCUUCUUUUUCUUCUUCCUUUUCUUCUUCUUCUUUCUUUUCUUUUUUCUUCUUCCUUUCGUCUUCCUUUUCUUUGUACUUUUCAUCUUUUCUUCUUACUUUUCUUCUUACUUUUCUUCUUCAUCUUCCUCUUCUUCUUCUUCUUCUUCUUCUUCUUCUUCUUCUUCCUUUUACUAUUAAGAACACUGAUCGUCACGACCAACAACCGCAAGAACAUUGAACGCGAACAGUCCACGAUCAACAACUACAUGAAGAACAACGCAUCGUCACUACGAUCAACAACUACAAAGAAGAACACUGAUCGUCACGAUCAACAACACAAGAAGAACACUGAUCGUCACGGAUCAACAACUACGAGAAGAACACUGAUCGUCACGAUCAACAUCCACAAGAAGAACACUCGAUCGUCACAAUCAACAACUACAAGAAGAACACUGAUCGUCACGAUCAACAACACACAAGAACACUGA